AUGUCUUCUUCAUCACUCCUCCGAUCGCCCAGCAACCUCCCGCCAGCAACCGCCUUGCAGCUUGCACAGCACGCUCCCAAGAUCCUCGAAAACUCGCCUGGAGCCGUAUCCACAUCCGCAUUGGAGUCUUUGUUCUCCGCCACAGAGACACCUGAGCUCUGGAUCAUAUAUGAGAACUUAUUGCUUUCAUGUCUCCGUACAGGCGACGAACAAUCGGCGCACCACUGUCUGGGCAGACUCGUGAAUCGUUUCGGGGAUGACAAUGAGCGCAUCAUGGCCUUGAUAGGUCUACUGAAAGAGGCCGAUGCAGAGGACAAUGCGACUCUAGAGGUGGUGCUGAAGGAGUACGAACAGAUACUGGAAAACGACCCUACAAACAUACCUAUCACCAAGCGCCGCGCUGCUCUUCUUCGGUCGUUGGGUAGAGUCUCAGACGCCGUCACCGCUCUGAUUGCGCUCCUAGACUUCAGCCCUACUGACAGCGAAGCUUGGUCCGAGUUAGCGGACUUGUACUUCUCGCAAGGGCUGUACUCCCAAGCCAUUUUUGCACUCGAGGAGAUCUUGGUUUUACAGCCUAAUGCAUGGAAUAUCCAUGCACGAUUAGGCGAGAUGCUUUUGAUGGCAGCCAAGACAUCGCAACAAACGGAUGCGUCAAAGCAGUUGAGUGAGGCGCUCAAGAGAUUCUGCCGUAGCGUGGAACUCUGCGACGACUAUUUGCGCGGCUAUUAUGGACUCAAACUUACGACCAAGCAGCUCCUGAGUGAUACAAAAAAAUCAACAAAACUGCCUGAAAGCGGUGGGUUGUCAUUGCCAGAUGCAGCUACUUUACGAAAAUUGGACGGACUCGCAACUGAGAAACUCGGGGAAAUCACCCGACGGUUUUCGGCAGGCGAAAGGGGUUGGCAAGGUUACGACGAGGCCGAGAUCGCGGCAGCUCGGGAGUUACUCGAGAAGGAGGGCGGGAUAACAGUUAGGUGA